UAAUUUUCAAGCAUAAGGUAAAACAAUUCAAGAUGGCAGCGCCCACGGGAUUUCUUGCGUCCUUUUAGUAUUAUAAUAAAAUCUUGACGGUAUGGACCACCGACAGCAAUAUAAACAUCACUCACAUACUCCUGAUGAUCUUCGUGACAGACGAAGACAAGAAGACAUUGAGUUACGUAAAAGUAGAAAGGCAAAGGCCCUAGAUGCCAAGAGAGUGAGAUUAGAUAAUGCAGACGAAGAAGUUGAAAUUACUUUGGAUCAGAUGAAAGCAGCAUGUGCUUCAUUUUUGCAAGAUCAUUCAUCUGUCAAAGAUUCACUUAAAAUAUUGAGGAAGGCUUUUUCUCAGGGAAGUGUAUUUAUAGAGGACUUUAUGAGAACUGACAAUGCUCUGCAGCACUUAGUAGGAGUGCUGAGUGGCCAUGAUUCAGAUCUGCAGAUGGAGGCAGCAUGGUGUGUGACCAACAUAGCUGCAGGCACACAUGAGCAAGCCCUGCAGGCUACCAAAGCUGCUGCUCCAUAUCUCAUCACUUAUCUCAGUGGCAGCAAUCCACACCUACAGGACCAGUGUGCUUGGGCUGUGGGAAACAUGGCAGGAGAUGGACCAGAGUGCAGAGAUUUGUUAAAAGCACAAGGAGUUCUCCUUCCACUGGUUAACUUACUGAAGUCUCCAUCCCCACAUGUUGUCCAGAGCUCAGCCUUUGCAUUGUCUAAUAUGGUCAGAUGGGCAGAGAGCAACACCCAAGAUCUUCUAGACCUGGGAAUAAUUCCACUUGUACUGCAGCAUAUCAAAAGUGAAGAAAACUGCCUUGAUGUGACAUCAGAAGCUGCUUGGGUUCUUACCUACUUGGUUGCUUUUGGUGACCAUGAAGAAUCGUUAUGUCAGCCCACCUUACAAAAGCUAGUCCCAGUUUUGAUUGCCUUAUCACAGGACCACGCAGGAAAUGCACAGGUAAUAACCCCACUUUUACGUUGCUUGGGAAAUAUAUGUAGUGGCCCAGACACCUUCAGCUUGGCUGUGUGUCAUUAUGAGGGUUUCUUCACUGCACUACUAACAUACCUGAAAUCACAGCAUAGGCACAUCAGGAAAGAGAGCUUGUGGUUGUUAUCAAACAUUACAGGUACAAGAAGUGUAUGCCUUGAAGUAAUGAAUCAUGGGUUACUCAGCCAGUUGGUUUUUCUUCUAUUGGAUUCUUUUGAUAUUAGGAAAGAGGCUGCUUUCUGUGUGUGCAAUAUAAGUUGUCAAGGAGCAGAGUUUUGCCAGGCAUUGGUGAACCAAGGGUGUCUACCAGGGAUGCUUAGUUUACUGAAAGUGUCAGAUCUUGAAGCGGUCAACUUGGCUCUAGGAUUUAGUGAAAUGGUACUGCGUUUACUACCAAAGGGUAAAGAGAUGUUUGAAGAAAACAAUGGAUUGUCAGGACUGGAAAGUUUAGAAUAUCACAAUAACUCUGAGAUCAGAGAACACACCAAUGACUUGUUGGAGAAGCAUUUUUAUGGAGAUAACCAUGAAGAAUCGGAAUAUGGUCAGGAUGGAUUUCACCAUGAAGGCAUUGUUCCUCAUACUGUGUGACUUUGGACAAUCAGUUGAAGCAAAAGCCUAAAAUACUCGUUCUUAGAUGUUUUCUCUUUGUGACAUUAACAUAUUUAUUAUCUGUGUACUCAAUUUAAAAGUUUGGUGGCCAUGUUGUAAAAGGUCAAAGUAUCAGACAGUUUGAAACCUGAGAUAUGUUUUUUGGGGUUUGUAGAAAAAAAAAUUUGUUUGGGGGGGGGGGGUUGGGCAACAUUUGAUUGCAUGUAAGAGAGAAAUUAUGAUAACCUUACAAGUUUAGGCAUUUUUUCUAUCAUGUUAAAGAAAAAAGCUAAUAGCCAGACGAAAUUCCACAAUGCAAAUGUCAAGGUAUAAUAGAUUUUUACUCUUUUUCUGUUUUGUCCUCAUGUUAGACACUUACAUUUAUAAUAGAAAACUUAUGUUAUAUACAGAGUACAUUUUCUAUGUGUAACAUUUUGCAUAAUUUUUAUCUCAUUUUUACCAAGAAAUGCAUGUAUUUUUGUAGUCUCAGUAAAACACAAAAAAGUUUGUAGUCUUUUAUUUCCAAUAUCACCGAAUUGCACUUUGCACCAACCAGUUUGAGCAGACCUUAAUUACACCAUUACAUAAAAAUGGAAAGAAUGUUUCCUAAACAACUAUACAUUUCAUCAGUCUUAUUAUUAAAUUGUCCUCACUAGAAGUACAUUCUUCUCAAUGACUUUAAAAAAUUGCAUCAUUACAGUAACCAUUAUCAAGUCCCUUUUGUAACUCGGUAAUCAACUAAAUAAAAUUUUUCUUCAGA